AUGUAUUGUAAUUUAUUAUCGACAUUAAUUAUCGAGCCUGAUUCAAAACUAUUUUGGAUAGAAGACACUGCCUUUCUUGGAACAUCAUUCACAGAAAUAUACAUACCAAAAGAUGUAUCAACUCUUGAUCUUGGAGCCUUUAGAAGUUCAAAUGUCAAAGUAAUAAAUUGCGAUCCAGAAAAUCAAUGGUUUACAUUUGAAGAUGGAAUAUUAUAUAACAAACAAAGGACGAGGUUUCUCAUGAAAACACGAAACAAUUUCACUUCAUUCACUUUACCAGAAUUGAUUGAGUCAAUUCCUGGUUCUUUUUUCGCUAAUUUGCCAUUAGAAAACAUAACAUUCAAUUCAAGAGUAAAGAGUAUUGGUGGUGGAGCUUUUUCUGGAUCACAUAUCGGAAAUAUCACUAUUCCUGACAUCGUCACAUCUAUUGGAAAUAAUGCGUUUAAAAACUGCAAAUAUCUCGAUAAAGUUGUUCUAGGAAGUGGCAUCACGAAAAUUCCUCAAGGAUGUUUCGAAAACUCAAGUAUUACAAAUAUUACAUUCAUUGGAAAUAUUACAACGAUUGAAAGCUCAGCUUUUGCUGAAUGUGUAAAUCUGAAAUAUAUAAAACUGCCAAAAAGUCUUAAAACUAUUGGUGGUGCAUGCUUUCCAGUUGAUGCUGAGCUGGACUUCGCUGAAGAUUCAAAUUAUUCAUUUGACAAUCAAAGAUUGCUUUAUGAUAGUGGGAAAACAAUAAUUUAUGCCAGAUUUAGCAAGCUGGAAUCAUAUAAAAUUCUAGAAACAGUUAAAUUUAUUUCAGCAGGUGUAUUCAAAGGGAUCUCAGUUCUAAAAUCUAUUAAUUUUUCAUCAAAUUCUUGUUUGACAAAAAUUGGCGAUGAUGUAUUUGCAUAUAAUAUUAAUUUAACGAAUUUUAGUUUUCCUAGUUCACUUACAGAAAUAGGAUAUAAUGCUUUCAGAGGUUGCACAUCACUGAAAACAAUUAUUUUCCCAUCAAAUUCAAGUUUAACAAAAAUUGGAGACGGAGCUUUUGGAGAUUGCAAAAAACUUGAAGAUUUUAGUUUUCCAAAUAAUUUGAAAAUCAUUGGAGGUGGUGCAUUUGGAUCUUGUCACAGUUUAAAAAACAUAUCUUUUCCUGACACUUUAGUUGAAUUGCAGGUAUAUGGUUGUUCAGGGAGCUCAAAUUUAGAAGAAGUUCGCUUUGGAAGAGAUAUAAAAAAAAUUGAUGUUGCUGCUUUUUAUGGGUGUGGUCGGCUUCAUACUGUUAUUUUUGAGUCCAAAGGAGCGCAAAUAUAUUCGAACGCUUUCUUGUAUUGUUGGAAAUUAACAUAUGUUAAAGCAACCAAUAUCUCCCAUGUUCAUUAUGAAGGCUUUCAAUUUUGUGGAUUGCGAUCCAUCGAAUUUUCUGAAGCAAUUACUCAUAUUGGUACAAAUGCAUUUAAAGGAUCUUCCAUUAUAAAUAUCACAUUUUUAGGAAAUCCUCCAAUUUCAUCAAUAGAGAAAAUUGCUUUUCAAUAUGCAUAUCAUCUUACAUACAUCAAUUUGCCCUCUUCUAUCCAAAGUAUUGGGUUAAAUGCAUUUGAGUGGACAAAUAUCAGUAGUAUUACAAUUCCACGCGAUACAAAAACAAUAUCAGAUUAUGCAUUUAAAAGCUGCAAGAAUCUUGAAACAUUCAUAAUUAGUGAUAAUAGCUCAUUAAAUUCACUUGGAUUCUUUGUUUUCCAAGGAUGCACCUCAAUUCGUCAAUUCAUUUGCAACGAGAGCGAUUACUUCUCAGUUGGGAAUCGCGCACUAUUCGACAAGAACAAGACAGUUCUUGUCUGCUAUCCUCCUGCAUCUCCUUCCAAAUUCUUCUAUAUACCAUCGACAAUUAGAAAUAUCUCUGCCGGUGCAUUCCUUGCUUGUAAGAACUUAAUAAACAUACUAAUACCUGAUGACUCAGUCGAAACUAUCUACCGCUAUGCUUUCUCUGACUGUACAUCUCUAACUCACAUAAAUAUUCCUAUUUGCGUUCAAAACAUCGAAGAUAACGCAUUUUCAAACUGCGUUAGUCUUACGUGCGGAAUUGAUAUCGAGAACAAGAAUGAAACAUUCCUCGAACAUCUUUAUACAGAUUGCCAUUUUAAUCGUGAUUGUAUCAGGCCGUGCAGCAUCCUCACAUGCAAAAAGAGAGACCACUACCGAUACCAUCUUUCAUUAUUUACAAUACAACUUAGUGAAGGUCUUUCUCUUGGAUUAUUCUAA